GUCUAAAAUUUCUGGAUAACACUCAGAGAGUAUAGUUGAAAUUACUAGUGUAUGAUGAUAGGGUCCUGUACAAAGUAAAGGAAAACGAGAGUCACAUACAAUUCGGAUCCAUGGAAUCAUCACCGAAUCCCUAGCUGCCUUCAGAAUUAUUAAAGCCACAGAUUGCCGGCUCAAUGUUAAUACGCCACAAUUCCCAUAAAUGUCAUUGGAGCAUGUCAAGCCUCUAUGCCCUUUGAUUAAUACGCCACAAUUAACCCAACGGUGCAAAUUUCUAUUUUAAAGCUGAUAAUGGUUGGAAAGUUAAUAUACACCUCUACUAGUUCAUAUCACUUCGACCCAUGUCAUGUCUCCAUCAAAGGAUUACACAGCUACUGAAUCAGUCUUCCUCUUAGCGAGCGAAGAUGUUGAAGACUUCAACGCUAGAGGGCCUCCAACUGAACAAGAUGGCCUACUUGACUCACAGGAUGUCUCUGAGGAUUCUGAUGGAGAAGAGGAUACACCUAUCUUGAAGAUUCCUCACAUUGUGCCAAUUGAAUUUUCAUUGUUGACAAACGUCUUCCUAGCUUCUUUUGAUAUGACUGUGGCUGCAUCCACAUAUACCACCAUUGGUUCAGAGUUUAACGCAGUGAACUUGAGCUCUUGGAUAACAACUUCUUACAUGAUUACUUCUACGUCAUUCCAACCUCUGUAUGGCGCAUUUUCAGAUGUCUUGGGGAGACGUCUAUGCUACUUCUUCGCCACACUUACUUUUAGUCUGGGUUGCCUUGGAUGCGCCUUUGCACCAAGUAUUGUGACCUUGUUCUUUGCAAGAGCAUUUACAGGGAUUGGCGGUGGUGGAUUGAUCACUUUGGCAACUGUUGUCAACUCUGAUAUAAUCCCAGCCCCCAAGAGAGGUUUGUUCCAAGGAUUCCAAAAUAUUUUACUGGGUGUUGGUAGUAUAUUGGGAGCAUCGUUAGGUGGUAUUAUCUCAGAAACAAUUGGUUGGAGAUACUGUUUCCUAUUCCAGGUACCAGUGAGUACGCUUGGCCUAAUAUUUGGUUAUUUUUACUUAAAGAACCAAAAGGAACUAAAGGAAGAUUCUACAAUUGGAGAUAUAGAUAUUCAAGGAUCGCUAUUGUUGGUGACUGGGCUGACAUUGCAACUGUUGGCUCUGUAUUCAAGCAGCACAAAUGCGUUGUACCUCGGAGCAGCGUCGCUGUUCCUUUUGCUCAUCUUUGUCAGAGUGGAACUCAACACCAGAAGAACACCUAUAGUUCCAUUUGCAAGAAUCCACAAUGUAUCAAGUUAUCUAACACUUUUAGUGGCUACUUUGUCAGGAUUUGCAAACUUUGCAUAUAUAUUCGUGCUUCCUCUUUUGUUCCAAGUGAGUCUUGGAGAUUCACCAUCCAAAGCUGGGUUCAGAUUGGCAAUACCUUCUUUAUUUACCAGUGUGGGGGCUUUGAUAACGGCAUAUAUCAUGAAUAUAAAUGUGAAAUACCUUAAUGUUCUGGUCCUUUCCGGAGUUUCUUUGAUGUUUGUCGGUAAUUCAUUGGCUCUUCUUAUUUCAAGAUCCUUUCCACAGGGAUUACUUAACUUACUACUGAUACCUGCAAACACUGGUUUGGGUAUGUGCUUUCCUGCAUCUCUGUUCACAUUUGUGUUUUCCUUUUCCAAAUCAAUGCAAGCAAGCUCUACUUCAACACUAUACCUUUUCAGGGCUGUGGGACAAGUGUGGGGUGUCGCUACUGUCUCAAAAAUUGUGCAGAGCAUACUUGAAAGGAAUUUACGCAAUGAUCCAAAGGUUGGAAAUUCAAUAAUACCAAAAAUAUUGAAGUCGAUCACAUAUAUCAAGAAGUUAGAUCCUGAUAUCCAAUCAGAAGUGAUUUUGAGCUAUGAAGGUGCUAUCAGAUUUGCACAAAAGGUAUCUGUGUUGGUUUGCUUUUUGAACGUUUUGUUCUGUUUGACCGAAGUUGUUGUCAAUAAAAGAUCACAAGCUAACAGGAAGUAAUGAAGAUGUGUGUAUUUUAGAAUCGGUAAUGGAUAUCCUUUCGAACU